AUGUCUUCCAAACCUAUAGUACGUCGGACGUACGGUAAACUUCCUCCUCGAACGUCUUCCUCCUCAUCCCUAUUCGAUGAUCGUCCAAAUUCCCCUCCCUCGUUCACUUGCCAAUUUCGAUCAUCUUCCCCACCAAGUUCAUCAAGACUCGAAACUCCACCACCCUCUUCACCCCCAACACCUGCCAAACGACCUUUGAGUCGAGCUUCAUCACCAUUAUUCUUCUCGGCGGACGAAGAAGAAACGGAGAAUGAACCAUCUUCGUGCUCCAAAAUGACAUUGUCUACUACAGGCGGUAAUUCCAAACGUCCAAUAAAAAAAUUGCCACCUAAAAAGCCAAUCCAAUCUUCGUUGAAAGGAUUCUUCAAUCCUCUUCCCCAGAAUCAACGCAAAAAGCCUUUACAACCGGCGGCGACCAUUUCCGUCUCCGCGAUUGUUUCAUCAACGGAUCUCUCCUUUUCAACUUCUGUCAUGGGGUUGAAACCAUCCAAAGCGCCAAGUUCGUCGAAAUCUCUCACUCAAAUGCAUCUGACGCAUUUACCAUUACUUCAUACAUGUACAGGAUGUGGAAUGUCCUUCAUGCGCGGAGGGCAAGAUGAGUCUGUUCACAUAGCGCAUCAUACUAGGGUACUGAGAGGAAUAGUAUGGGAUGGAUCAGGAAAGGGAAAAGGGAAAAGCUCAGAAGCAGGUUGGAGAGUAGUGAAGGACGACAUCGUUUUUGGAGGAGGUAAAGGUAAAGGUAGAGUAGUGAUGGUUGAUGGGAGUUAUGGUGGAAGUAAGCUCGACGAAGUUCUCCCCACAGUAGAUAGAGUUUUAUCAUCUCCACCAUUACCUCAACCAAUCUUAGAAUCCUGUAAAAUAUUUUUGUUUCUCACAUCAUCUCCACCCCCACCACCGUCAAAUACGACCAAGCGGCUGAAGCUCGAUUUGGCAAUAUCGAAAAAAGCUGUUCAACGAGAAAGAGUUGUCGGUGUAGUUGUCGCCCAAGGGAUCAAAUGGGCUAUGAAAGUACUCAAGGAUGGUGAACAGCCCGAUUCUAUAAUCGAAUUAGGAAAUACUGGAGGAAAGAUGGAAGUGGUCGAAAGUGGUGGGCUUGGAAGUGUAACAUGCGAUCCGAAACCACUACCUACACCAUUAGGUAUACAUCGAUUAUACAUCUCACCAUCCUACCGGUCCAACUCGCUGUCGUUACAUCUGUUAAACGCAUCAUGCUCAAAUACAGUUUACGGAUGUUCAUUCGAUCCAUUGCAAGGUGAAGUGGCAUUUUCACAACCAACUGAAAGUGGUCGAGCAGUCAUGGAAAGAUGGGGCAAAGGUCAAAUAAGGGUUUUUGUUGAUGACGAAAGUCAACUGUAA